CGGUUCAUAGCAAGUUGUACAUUAGAUUCGUUCUAAAGAUAUCGAAAAUGGAAUAAAAAUACCUUAAAUGAGAUAAAUAUUUUGAAACAGAACAUUCUAUCACAAAAAAAGAAUAAACGUUUUCACUCUCUGAAAUUUUGUUCUAAAUCUGCAUGCUUUAAACACAUUCCGGAUUUGUGUUGAAAAAUAAAAGAUCUUAAAGGUAGAAGUAAAGAAAGUUAAGGUACACUAUAAACCAUUGUGUAGCCAGCCAGUUUUAGAUCUGAAUUCAUUCUGUAGAACAUCAUUAGAAGUGAGAAGCAUUUUUUGUCGGUUAGAUAAUAAAAAGUGCAUACUGCUAAUGUUCUAUUCACUACGCCUGGGGCUACGUCGAGUAUUCACUAAGUUCGAAGGAUCGUUUUGAAAAAUGGCUGAUAGACAGCAGGGGUACCGAGGGGGACGUGGCAGAGGAGGAACUGGUGGUAACCAACAACGUGGUGGCGGAGGUGGUGGUGCUAACCAACAGCGAGGUGGCGGAGGCGGUGGUGGAGGUGGAGGUGGAGGUGGUGGUGGCAGGCAAGGAAAUAAUGGAAGAUCCGCUCAAUCUGGGCAGAGCUGGCCAUCUCUUGGCCAACAACAACCCCAGCAACAAAGCCAAGGUUGGGGACAACAGCGACAGCCCCCCCAGCAAAGUCAGGGUUGGGGACAACAGCGCCAGCCCCAGCAAAGUCAGGGUUGGGGACAACAAAAACCGGAUCAAAGAGCACCACAACAACCAGCCAGCCAACAACCACAACAACAACAAGCCCCUAUGCAACAACCGGCAUCUGCGCAACCACCGGCACCUGCUCAGCAACAGCAUGAAGCGACAGGUGUGGUAGCUCGUACAGGAGGGCAACGAUCCCAGCGAGGUGCCACUGGAGGGGAUGCACCUGGACGUGGAGGUGUCCGGAAUCAACGUAUACUACAGGAUAUUGUCCGCACUCGGCCACUUGAUUCCAAAGUAUCCAAGCAAGGCAAAUUGGGAAAACACAUAAUGUUAAAGACCAAUUAUUUCCGUAUUAGCCGAAAGGAAGAUGAAUGUAUCUUCCAGUAUCGUGUUGACUUCAACCCAACGGUAGAAAGUUCAAAGAUGAUGAGCUCCAUCAUCUAUACUCUGAAGGGCACUAUUGGUGGCUAUCUUUUCGACGGAACUCAGCUAUUUACCAGACACAAAAUCAGGUCAGAUGAGGUGGAGAUAACCACCAAAGAAGCAACUACAGGAACAGACUACAUAGUCAAGUUGCGCAAGGUUGGAGUGAUUGACGGAACAAACGAAAUGAGUUUCGUCAUCUACAACCUUAUUAACAGAAAAGCGAUGGCUGGUCUAAAGCUUCAGUUGAUUGGGCGCAAUUAUUUCGAUCCUGCAGCGAAGAUCUCUGUCAGCCAAUACGGUCUGGAGUUAUAUCCAGGAUACGUGACGAGCAUCCGACAGCACGAGCAAGACGUAUUGAUGUGCACCGAGAUCACUCAUCGGGUGAUGCGUACAGACACCUGUUACACAAUGUUCAAGCAGUGUGCCAACCAGGGCGGAAACUGGAGGGACAAUUACAAACGUAUGAUUCUGGGGUCGGUCGUAAUGACAAGCUACGGCAAAAAUAAUACACACAUGAUCAACGAUGUCGAGUUCAACAGCUCUCCGGAGAGUUCGUUUGAUAUGAAUGGCGUACGAGUUACGUUCAUGCAAUACUUCAAAGAUCGUUACAAUAUUACAAUUCGUGAUCCACGCCAACCCAUGCUGGUGUCCCGUUCGAAGCCGCGAGAUAUUCGAGCUGGCAUGCCGGAGUUGAUUUACCUAGUCCCGGAGCUUGUUCGUGCAACUGGUAUAACAGAUGAGAUGAGGAAAAACUUCAACCUGAUGCGCGCAUUAGCUGAUCAUACUCGACUGACACCGGACAAACGUAUUAAUCGUUUGGAACACUUCAAUCAACGCCUGCAGCAAACGAAGGAAAGUUCGGAAAUAUUCCAGUUCUGGAAAACAGAGCUGGACCGACGGUUGGUAGAGGUUCCAGCACGUGUAAUUAAUCCUGAGGAAAUAUUUUUCCAUCCGACGCAGGAGAACUACAAAGUAUCCGCUGGCGAUAUGGCCGAUUGGCAGAUGGCGUUCCGGAACAAUCCAAUGUUCAUCUCUGUGCCGCUGGUUAACUGGUUCGUCGUGGUAGCCGCGGGCUCAGAAAAACUUAUGGUAGACUUCAUGCAGUGCUUGAAGCAAGCCGCUAAGGGAAUGCGUUUCCAAAUCGAGGAUCCCAGCAGAAUCGUCAUCCAGAACGAUUCGCCUGCAGUUUAUGUUGAAAGUUUGAACCAGAUAGUGCAACGCGAUCCGCAACUGAUCAUGUGUUUGGUUAGCAACGAUAAGGCUGAUCGUUACGCCGCCAUCAAGAAAAAGACAUGCGUUGAUCGAGCGGUGGCCACACAGGUCAUCAAGGCCAGAACAAUUACGCCAAAGGGUGGCAACAUACGGACGCUCAUGUCCGUGGCCACGAAAGUAGCCAUUCAAAUUAACUGCAAGUUGGGUGGAGUUCCUUGGGUUUUGAAGAACCCUCUGUCAUCGGUAAUGGUAAUCGGGUUCGACGUUUGUCACGAUACACGUGACAAGUCUCAAUCCUAUGGCGCAAUGGUAGCUUCAAUGUACGCGGGAGGUUACAAACACCCUAAAUAUUUCUCAACUGUAAACCACCAUAGUAAUGGCGAAGAACUUUCAAACUUUAUGGCGCAAAAUGUUAUAAAAGCAUUGCAUGCAUACAGAAGUGAUUACAAUAACGCACUCCCGCAGCGAAUCAUUGUGUACCGCGAUGGCGUUGGCGAAGGCCAAUUGAAAUACGUGUACGAGCAUGAAGUCGGAGCUAUCAAGGAAAAAUUGAACCUGGCCUUCAAGGAUCUACCAACUCCCGCCCGGUUCACAUUCUGCGUCGUUAGUAAACGAAUUAAUACCCGUCUGUUCCUAGGAGCAGAAAACCCAGUGCCCGGAACAGUCGUCGAUGAUGUAAUAACUCUCCCAGAAAGGAAUGAUUUCUACUUGGUCUCCCAGAGCGUUCGCCAGGGAACCGUUUCCCCGACCAGCUACAACGUGCUUCGCGACGAGUCUGGCCUCACGGCUGAUCAAUUCCAGCUGUACACCUACAAGCAGACUCACCUGUACUACAACUGGUCGGGCACCGUGGGUGUUCCGGCUGUUUGUCAGUAUGCACACAAAUUGGCAUUUUUGGCAGGCCAACACCUGCAUCAAUCGCCCAACAAUCUACUGGAGAAGAAGCUCUACUAUCUGUAAAUUGUUGGAGCUAUUGUAGCUGGCAUUGAUGGUUUUUAUUAUCGUUUUGAUGCGAUCUCAAAGCGAAAAUCGUGAUCAAUGAAAUUGUCCAGAAAUCUUUCUUUUAUUUUGAAAUGUUCAUUGGUUGUAAUGUAAAUAAUAAAUACUGCCAUGAUAUAUGGAAGAUAGUAUGUUGUUUGAAUGAAUGUUUGCCGUUUCAUUGUUGGUUGUUUCACAAGCAUUAGGCCAACGCUUAAUAAGUGCUGCACACGGUGAAAAAAUAAUUCUACGAUUUAAGAAGAAUUUCAAUCCACAUAUGGCACGAGAAGAUUUAAAAAUGUUGAAUUAAAUUUUGUCAUCGUUUGUGGGGAAAUAAAAACUUUUUUAUUAUUUUUCAUCCUAUGCUUAACAUUGAUUCUUUUUAUUAAUGAAUAAGUGUUUCUGAUUUUAUUUUUCGAAUUUGUGAUUUAUUGUCUCUCUUGAAAAAAAAGUUGUAUGAUUCCAUUUCAUAUGUUGCAUGAAUCAGAAUGCUGUUAAAAACCCUAAAAACGUAACAAAAUUUACGGACGAUGACUAUUUUAAAGUAUGUAAGCUUUAAGCUGUUGAUUCCGGACAAAACAUCAAAGCCAGGCAUUGGUAAAUAUGUUCGGAAUCUUCGAUUUGCGAAGAAAAAAAAAGAUCAGCUGGAAUUCCAAUAGUUCAUUGAAUAUUCGCAAUGACGAUAUUUAAGAUUAAAAUGAAAAAAAAAAUCAAAGCUUUUACAAUAUUUCGAACAUUAUCACUUAGAUGUAUUUACAUACAUUUGUAAUAUGUAAUAAAUAUUUUACUAUAAAAAUA